CACCGCGGCCGCUCUUCCCGUGCCCCGCCAGCUGAGGGCACAAAAAUCGGAAAGCAGCAGCCGGGGCUGGGCCUAGCUCGCGGCGACGGCUGGUUGGCAGCUGUGGCUGCGGGCCCGCACUUCCGCCGGUGGCCGAGAGCGGGGCCUGUCACGGAGAGAUGUUCUUUUGGGGCCAGAGUCUGGGCAUAUAUGAAUGUAAAUCCGUGUUUGUUCACAACUAAGCCCAGCUGAGACAAUCACUUUUCUGUAGGCCGUUUGCCCAGGUACAGAAUGAACACAUGUUAUUGGUGUACUCCACGUGGUGGUUCCACCGUUGACUUCCUAAAGCGCUAUGCUUCCAACACUCCAUCCAGUGAAUUUCAAACAGCCAACGAAGACCUCUGCUACUGCUUAUAUUGUGUGGUGGAAUACCACAAAGCAAGAGAUGAAUUGCCAUUCUUGCAUGAGGUUUUAUGGGAAUUGGAAACCUUACGUCUGAUAAAGCACUUUGAAAAAUUCAUGAAGGCAGAAAUUGGAGAUGAUGACGACUUAUAUAUAGUAGACAGCAAUGGAGAGAUGCUAGUGUUGGACAUCACUGGACGAGACUUUGAAUAUAAGCUUCGAGUUCCUCUUCUUGAAAUACUGAAAUAUCCUUAUUUGCUUGUACAUGAACGUGUUAACGAGUUAUGUGUUGAAGCACUUUGUCGGAUGGAACAAGCCAAUUGCUCCUUUCAGGUGGUGGAAAAACAUCCAGGGAUCUAUUUGUUUUUGGUCCAUCCCAAUGAUAUGGUCCGGCGUUGGGCUAUCUUGACUGCAAGAAACUUGGGGAAAGUGGACAGAGACGAUUAUUAUGACUUAGAAGAAGUUUUAAUUUGCCUUUUUAAAGUCAUUAAGUUGGGACUUCUAGAGAAUCCAGACAUUUAUACUUCUUCUGUCCUAGAGAAGGGUAAACUAAUUCUUCUGCCCUCACACAUGUAUGAUACUACCAACUACAAAAGCUAUUGGUUAGGUAUUUGCAUGUUGCUGACCAUUCUUGAGGAACAAGCCAUGGAUUCCCUAUUGUUGGGCUCAGACAAACAAACUGAUUUUAUGCAGUCGAUACUUCGCACUAUGGAGAGGCAAUCACACGAUGAUAGUGUGGAUCCUUUCUGGCCAGCAUUACACUGUUUUAUGGUGAUUCUGGACCGCCUUGGAUCUAAGGUCUGGGGUCAGCUUAUUGAUCCUAUUGAGGCAUUUCAAGCCAUUAUCAACAAUGCAAGCUACAAUAGAGAGAUUGAGCAUAUACGGAACAGCUCUGUAAGGAUCAAGUCAGAACCGGAGUCGUAUUUGGAUGAUAUGGUGACUUGCAGCCAGAUCGUAUACAAUUAUAAUCCUGAAAAGACCAAAAAGGAUUCUGGAUGGAGAACAGCCAUUUGCCCAGAUUAUUGUCCUAACAUAUAUGAAGAAAUGGAAACAUUAGCCAGUGUGCUUCAGUCAGAUAUUGGUCAAGACAUACGUGUUCAUAACAGCACAUUUCUGUGGUUCAUCCCUUUUGUCCAUUCCCUCAUCGAUCUUAAGGAUUUGGGUGUGGCUUACAUAGUAGAGGUUGUUUAUCAUCUGUACACUGAAGUCAGAGGUGUCCUCAACCAAACAGAUGCCAUGUGUGACAAAGUCACUGAAUUUUUUCUUCUAAUUUUGGUAUCAGUGAUUGAACUGCAUAGAAAUAAAAAAUGUUUGCAUUUGCUGUGGGUAAGUUCCCAGCAAUGGAUAGAAGCUGUCGUCAAAUGUGCCAAGCUUCCUAAUACUGCAUUUACACGGAGUUCUGAGAAAUCAUCUGGAAAUUGCUCCAGAAGAACAGCAGUGAUACCAUCAUUGUCGAUGCAUUCCAUGCCAUGUAACUCUGUACAACUUGCUUGUGUGCGGCUGAUUAGAAGUCUCCUUAAAGAAGGUUGUCAGCUUGGGCUGCGAUCUCUUUGCAUGCGAUUCUGGGAUAAGGUCAACUUAAUCCUUAGACAAAAUUUAUCUCUAGGUUGGCAGUUGACUAGUCAGGAAACCCACGAGCUACAAACUUGUUUAAAGCAAAUUAUUAGAAACAUGAAAUUCAAAGCACCUCCAUGUAACACUUUUGCGGAUCUGACUUCUACAUGUAAAACCUCUCCGGCACCUUAUAAUAGAGAAGAAAGUGAACAAAUAGGGAAGAAGUCUAGAAACGAUAGGCAUUAUUUGGAAGCUUCCAGCCCAACAUUUUCUAAAGAACCAAUGAAAGCGCAAGACAGUGUAUUGAUUAAAGCAGAUAACACUAUAGAAGGUGACAAUGAUGAGCAACAUUAUAUAAAGGAUGUGAAACUAGAAGACCAGCUCUCAGCUGGGUCAUGCUUCAAGCAGAGUAGUGAAAACAUGUUUACUGAAAGAGCUGAAGAUGAAGUUAAAAUAAGUACAAGGAAGCAGAAGUCUGUAAAAGGGAACUCCUCAUAUACACCAGAGGUUUGUACUUCAAGAAAUGGUCCAGAAAGGGGAUGUGACAGAGAAAUAAUAGUAUCAACACGUUUGUUGACUGAUUUUAGCACUGAUGCUUUGGAAAAAGCGUCCACAUCAAAUGAAGAUUUCUCUUUAAAGGAUGAUGUUCUUGCUAAAACCUCAAAACAAAAAACUAAGGUACAGAAAGAUGAAAUCUGUGCAAAGUUAUCACAUGAAAUAAAGAAACAACACAGGAAGAGUACUUUGGUCAAUAAUACUAUCAAUUUAGACGAAAAUUUGACUGUAUCUAACAUUGAGAGUUUCUAUUCAAGGAAAGAUGUAGGAGUUCAGAAAGGAGAUGGUUUCAUACACAAUCUUUCUUUAGACCCUAGUGGUGUUCUGGAUGAUAAUAAGAAUGGAGAACAAAAAUCUCAAAACAAUUUAUUGCCAGAAGACAAGCAAUUAAAGAAUGAAGAGUUAGGUAUUUUCUAUUCCCAUGAAAACAAUUGUGAAAUACAGGAAUUUCAUGGUGAUGAUAAAGAUUCGAUCCCCUUUACAAAAAUGGCCAAUACUUCAGAGAAGAAAUCAUCUUGCUUUAAAGAUCUUUUGACUGUACCUGAAUCAAGAGAUGAGGCGAUGAGUAAUAGUACCAAUGUGAUUUAUUCGAACUUGACAAGAGAACAGGCCCCUGGCAUCAGUCCUAAAUCUGACACCUUAACGGAUUCUCAGAUAGACAGAGACCUUCACAAAUUAUCUUUACUAGCUCAAGCCAGUGUUACUACAUUUCCAUCUGAUUCCCCUCAGAACUCAUCCCAGCUACAAAGGAAAGGAAAAGAAGAUAAAAGAUGUUUCACAGCUAACCAAAAUAAUGUUGGAGAUGCCUCCCUUGGAGAGGUGAUUAUUAUUUCAGAUUCUGACGAUGAUGAUGAUGAAAGAAUCCUGAGUCUUGAGAAACUCACUAAACAGGACAAAAGACGCCUUGAGAAGGAACGUCCAGAGCAGCACAUUUCAACAGUUAAGGAGGAAAAGAAUCCAGUAAACGAAGAAAAGACGAAGUCUCUUUUUCAGUUUGAGGAAUCUGAUUCUCAGUGUUUUGAGUUUGAAAGUGCAUCUGAAGUGUUUUCCGUUUGGCAAGAUCAUCUAGACAAUAAUAAUUCAGUUCAAGAUGGUGAGAAAAAAUGUUUGACUCCUAUAGCCAAUACCACAAAUGGUCAGGAUUGUACAGAUUAUGUAUCUGAAGUUGUUAAAAAAGGGGCAGGGGGCAUUGAAGAACACACAAGACCACAGAGCAGUAGUAUUUCUGUUGAGGAGUUUUGUGAAAUUGAAGUAAAAAAGCCUAAGAGAAAACGAUCUGAAAAACCAGUUCCUGAAGAUCCUGUGAGUCCUUCAUCUUCUGUCAGAAAUGAGGGCCAGUCUGAUACUAAUAAGAGAGAGCUUGUUGGAAAUGAUUUUAAAAGUAUAGAUAGAAGGACUAGAACUCCCAAUUCAAGAAUUCAGAGAGCCACUACGGUUUCACAAAAGAAAUCUUCAAAGCUUUGUACUUACACAGAACCCGUCAGGAAAGUUCCAGUUUCUAAGACCCCUAAGAAAACUCAUUCGGAUGCCAAAAAAGGACAGAAUAGAAGUUCAAAUUACCUCAGUUGUAGGACAACUCCUGCUAUAGUGCCACCAAAGAAAUUUCGUCAGUGUCCUGAACCAACUUCAACAGUUGAGAAACUUGGCCUGAAAAAGGGUCCUCGUAAGGCAUUUGAGUUGUCCCAGCGAUCUUUGGAUUAUGUAGCUCAGUUACGUGAUCAUGGCAAAACUGUUGGAGUAGUUGAUACUCGAAAAAAGACUAAAUUAAUUUCUCCUCAGAACCUGUCUGUCAGAAAUAAUAAGAAACUGCUGACUAGUCAAGAACUUCAGAUGCAAAGGCAGAUCAGACCCAAAUCACAAAAAAAUAGACAAAGACUUUCUGGUUGUGAAAGUACAGAUGCUACAAGAGCAGGGCCUCAUACAGCACAGAAUUCUGACACAUUUGUACCAGAAUCUGAUAGGUCAGAUUAUGAUUGUACAGGAGGAACUGAGGUACUUGCCAACAGUAACGGAAAACAGUUAAUAAAACGCAUGCCUUCUGAACCAGAAACCAUAAAAGCAAAACAUGGGUCUCCAGCGACUGAUGGUGCUUGCCCUUUGAACCAGUGUGAUUCUAUAGUGUUAAAUGGAACAAUACCAACAAGUGAAGUAAUUGUCUCUAUUUCAGAGGACCCUCUGGGGGGAGGUGAUCCGACAGCACAUCAUACAGAGAUGGCAACUUUGAACGAGGGAGAGCCUGACUCUAGCAGUGAUACAGAGGAAGAUAACUUAUUUUUAACACAAAAUGAUCCUGAAGAUAUGGAUUUAUGUUCACAAAUGGAGAAUGACAAUUAUAAAUUCAUUGAACUAAUUCAUGGAAAAGAUACAGUUCAGGUUGAAGAAGAUUCUGUAAGUCAGCCUCAGUUGGAAUCUUUGAGUGGCACAAAGUGUAAAUACAAAGAUUGUCUUGAAACCACAAAAAACCAGGGUGAAUACUGCCCACAACACUCUGAAGUGAAAGCAGCAGAUGAAGAUGUAUUUCGUAAACCUGGUUUGCCGCCUUCUGCAUCUAAACCUUUGAGACCUACCACUGCUAAGAUUUUUAGCUCAAAGAGUACUUCACGAAUUGCUGGUCUUUCUAAAUCUUUGGAAACUUCUUCAGCACUUUCACCAUCUCUAAAAAAUAAGUCAAAGGGGAUACAGUCGAUUUUGAAAGUACCACAGCCAGCUCCCCUCGUAGCUCAGAAGCCAGUGGGUGAAAUGAAAAAUUCGAGCAAUGUUUUUCAUCCUCAGGCUCCAAAUAAUUCCAACAGGCAAGGUUGCGAAGUUCCAUUUGGUGAAAGCAAAUAUUUUCCAUCUUCCUCUCCAGUAAACAUUCUCUUGUCAUCACAGUCUGUCUCUGACACCUUCGUUAAAGAGGUCUUAAAAUGGAAAUAUGAAAUGUUUUUGAACUUUGAUCAGUGUGGGCCCCCUGCAAGUCUUUGUCAGCCCAUCUCAAGACCUGUGCCUAUCAGAUUUCACAAUUAUGGAGAUUAUUUUAAUGUUUUUUUCCCUUUGGUGGUAAUGAAUACUUUUGAAACAAUGGCACAGGAAUGGCUCAACUCUCCAAAUAGAGAGAAUUUCUAUCAGUUGCAAGUACGGAAAUUUCCUUCUGAUCAUUUAUCAUACUGGGAGUUUACGGUUUAUCUGGAAGAAUGUGAAUUGGCUAAACAGCUUUAUCCAAAGGAAAAUGAUUUGGUGUUUUUAGUUCCUGAGAGAAUAAAUGAAGAGAAGAAAGAUGCAGAGAGAAAUGACAUACAAGAUCUCCACAAAUAUCAUUCUGGUUAUGUUCAGAAAUUUCGCCGCACUUUAUUCAGGCCUAAUGGGAAAGCUGAGUGUUACCUUUCCAUCCAGACUCAAGAGAAUUUUCGGGCCAAUAUAAACCAACUUGUGAAUUGUAUUGUAAUCAGUUCUCUGGUAACAACACAAAGGAAGUUGAAAGCCAUGUCUCUGUUGGGUAGUCAGAACCAACUGGCUAGAGCUGUUCUGAAUCCAAACCCUAUGGACUUCUGUACAAAAGAUUUACUAACUACAACAUCUGAGAGAAUUAUUGCUUACUUAAGAGAUUUCAAUGAAGACCAAAAGAAAGCAAUAGAAACUGCAUAUGCUAUGGUGAAACACUCACCAUCAGUUGCCAAAAUCUGCUUGAUUCAUGGACCACCUGGAACAGGAAAAUCAAAAACUAUUGUUGGCCUCCUCUAUUGUCUACUGACAGAGAACCAGAGGAAGGGGCAUUCAGACGAAAACUCCAGUGCCAAAGUCAAACAAAACCGUGUCCUCGUGUGUGCACCUUCCAAUGCAGCUGUUGAUGAACUUAUGAAAAAAAUUAUCCUUGAAUUCAAAGAAAAAUGCAAAGACAAGAAGAAUCCUUUAGGAAACUGUGGAGAUAUAAAUUUAUUACGACUGGGUCCAGGAAAGUCUAUCAAUAAUGAGGUUCUAAAGUUCAGUUUGGACAGCCAAGUAAACCACAGAAUGAAAAAAGAUUUACCUUCUCAUGUUCAGGCAAUGCAUAGAAGAAAGGAAUUUCUAGAUAAUCAGUUGGAUGAGCUUUCCCGGCAGCGAGCUCUAUGCCGAGGUGGACGGGAAAUACAGAGGCAAGAAUUAGAUGAAAACAUUUCCAAACUUUCUAAGGAAAGGCAGGAACUUGCUUCUAAAAUUAAAGAGGUUCAAGGACGCCCACAGAAAACACAGAGUACCAUCAUCUUAGAGUCCCAUAUCAUCUGCUGCACAUUGAGCACAAGUGGUGGCUUACUACUUGAAUCUGCUUUCCGGGGGCAAGGGGGUGUCCCCUUCAGCUGUGUCAUUGUUGAUGAGGCUGGACAGUCUUGUGAAGUUGAGACUCUUAACCCACUCAUCCAUCGUUGCAAUAAGCUCAUCCUAGUAGGAGAUCCCAAGCAGCUCCCUCCCACAGUCAUCUCUAUGAAAGCACAGGACUAUGGCUACGACCAGUCAAUGAUGGCUCGCUUCUUCAGACUGCUGGAAGAGAAUGUAGAACACAACAUGAUCAGCAGGCUGCCUAUUCUGCAGCUCACUGUGCAGUACAGGAUGCAUCCAGACAUAUGCCUCUUCCCUUCUAAUUAUAUUUACAACAGAAUCUUAAAAACAAAUAGACAGACAGAAACCAUUCGAUGUUCAUCAGACUGGCCAUUUCAACCAUACCUUGUGUUUGAUGUCGAAGAUGGUUCAGAAAGACGGGAUAAUGACUCAUACGUAAAUGUUCAAGAAAUAAAACUGGUGAUGGAAAUAAUUAAGCUUAUUAAAGACAAAAGAAAGGAUGUUAGUUUUCGAAACAUUGGCAUAAUAACUCAUUACAAGGCCCAGAAGACGAUGAUUCAGAAGGAUUUGGACAAAGAGUUCGAUAGAAAAGGACCAGCAGAAGUAGAUACUGUGGAUGCGUUCCAGGGUCGGCAGAAGGAUUGUGUUAUUGUUACAUGUGUCAGAGCAAAUAGCGGGCAAGGUUCAAUUGGAUUCCUGGCAAGUUUGCAGAGAUUGAAUGUCACCAUCACACGAGCCAAGUACAGCCUCUUCAUCCUCGGACAUUUGAGGACCCUGAUGCAACUUCUUCCUAGGAGCUUUUGUGUACACGUGAACCAUUCGCCUUUUUUCAGCCCAGAACCCAAGUAUCUACACUGGGCUCUCAAGGAAAACCAGCAUUGGGAUCAGCUGAUUCAGGAUGCUCAGAAGCGUGGUGCCAUUAUUAAGACCUGUGACAAAAACUAUAGACAUGAUGCAAUGAAGAUUCUGAAACUCAAGCCUGUGCUACAGAGAAUUCUCACUUACCCUCUUACCAUAGCCCCAGAGGUAUCCAGACCCCAGGGUGACUUGCCCAGCAGCAAGCUAGACAGUGGAUUUGCCGAGACAUCUUUUGCUGCUUCUCUGUACCACACACCCUCUGACUCCAAGGAAACUACUCUUACUGUUACUUCAAAGGACCCUGAAAGAUCUCCUGUUUAUGACCAACUUCGGGACCCACGACUGCUGAAGAGGAUGGGCAUUGAGGUCAAAGGAGGAAUAUUCCUAUGGGAUCCACAACCCUUCAGCCCCCAGCAUCCUGGAGCAACACCUUCUGCAGGAGAGCCGAGCUUCCCUGUCGUUCACCAGGACCUGGGCCAUGUACAGCAGCCUGCUGCUGUAGUGGCUACUCUGAGCAGCCCCAAACCUCCCGUGCAGGGCGAACCUCCAGCUGCCAGUCCUGAGGCUUCCACGUGUCAGAGCAAAUGUGAUGACCCAGAAGAGGAGCUCUGUCACAGGAGAGAGGCCAGGGCUUUCAGUGAAGGCGAGCAGGAGAAGUGCGGUUCCGAGACCCCUCACACCAGGAGGAACUCUAUGUGGGACAAGAGGAGACUGGAGCAGGAGGACAGCAGUUCCAAGAAAAGAAAGCUUUUAUAGAAAAGCCCAAUGACAUGGGCCGGCAGCCACAGCAUAUUGUAAACUGAAGAUGACCAGCUCGGGGAACCAUCUAGAUAAGCUUAUUUGUUUUUGUAAGGAGCUUGUGUGCUGUUGGAAUACACGGAAAAUGCAUCCUUAACACCUGAGCCUCUGGUCAUCUUCAGUACUUUCUGUCCUUUGCAAAAGCUUUUUAGAGGGCAUUGUGUAUCAGUAAUAAUGUCCUUGAAGUCAGAGACCGGAAAUGUUGAUCUCUUACUCUUCUAUAGAUGAGGAGGUCAGACUGGAGUGAGUGUUGUAAAAGUUGAAAUGUGUAUUUGUAGGCCGGGCGCGGUGGCUCAAGCCUGUAAUCCCAGCAC